GUACUUUUCUUUCGCGGAUAGUCGCCGCUGGUCCUCGGUCCCGCGUAGUAGUGGUGUUUAUUUACGUUCGCCAUCGCGACGUCGGGAGCAGUCGGGAGUCGAGACCGAUUGAUCUUGCGAAACUACACGCAGACGAGUGCCACGGAAUCGCAACGCGGGACCCAUCGUUUCUUCACAUCAACAUCGAGGCCGUAUACGAGGCGGUUCGCACGCCAACCGAGUAGCGAAGGAAGACGGAAGGUGGAAGAGGACAAGGUAGAAGUGGCGGAGGUGGAAUCGCGCUGAGCGAUCUGUCACCCACGUACGCGCGCCAUCGCCGUCGCGCAGUUGCGUCUUGCGUCGUCAUCGUCGUCGGCUACGCGGCUCUAACCUAGCCGAGACCCAUCCUCCAUUGGUUACGUUCGUUUCUGGCGGUUUUUCGAUUCUUCUCGGCGGGAUUCAGGCGCGCCCGUCGAGCCCGAUGCUGCGCCAACGCUGACAGCCCACGGAGAAGAGUAUGGGCGACGAGGACGACUUGCUGCCGGCGAGUCUGCAGAGGCUCGAGAUUGACCGUCGCUCGACGAGUUGUCCACACAUUGCAAUGGCAGACAAAUCGAAACCAAUGAGUGUAUUCAGGAUACGCGGCUUGAAUUGCAACAGCCAUUGUUUCUUUCGAAGAAGAUCUAUGCCUAACAGGCCUACCAUGUUCCCAGUAAAUCCGAGAGGUAUCAAGAGUACAACGAAUUUUAAGCCGUCUAAGAACGAGAAAACGGUCGAGAGGACCAAACGAAGCAUCCUAAGAGAGGCCGUUUUCAAAUUAACCGGCCCCGGAACCAGCGGUCCUAGUGAUAAUCCAGCGAACACGCUGCUCAAUAACACGUGUAAGCUUAGUAUUCCCAGUAAAAAUGCCAAGAUACUUGACCACAACUCGGUCAUGAAGGAUUUCAAGGCGCUGAAAAUCAGUAAAGACAUUAGACAGAUUAAGGAUGACGCUAGUAUUCAGGAUGACGACUGCGAGGGCGCGAGCAGUUUUCACCGUGCUCGUAGCAACACGAUGCCGAACCUAAAAAGAGGCCCCGGUCCGGGCGGUGGAGACCAGCGAACGACAACGGGCAGCAACAAUGGACAGUCUACAGAUGCUAGCGGCAGCUUACCUGGUCAACAACAACAGUUGUCGAGUUCACCGAAUACCUGUUCGGUUCAGGCGCGAAUAUCGCCGCCCCUGUCGAGCGACGUCACAAUCGGCGAACUCGCUGGCUACUUCGAGGAGUUCGUUCAUAUUCCAAAGAAGAUGUCACACAUGGCGGAGAUGAUGUACACUUAAUAACACUGUAAAGUAUCUUGCAUACACCGGAUGCAGACUUUCCUUCUUUUGUGCACGGCUAUCCGUAGCUGUGUAUGUUUUACUCUACUAUAUAUGAUAUCGCAUUAUUUUGUUUUUCGCGUCUAAUUUAAUUUUUCUAAAUUAUUUUUUAACAUAAUAAUACACACAGGCAAAGAAAAAAGUUUUUUCUCGUUCUAUUUGUGUAUAGUUCCGAAAUUGUUAAGCAGUUUUAUAAAAUAUUUGAAAAAGUGUAGUGAGAUCGAUUUUUAUCUGCAGUGUUUCUUUCUUUCCUUUUUUUUUACAUCAUUCUUGCAUACGAUAUUUGGUUUCUUUAGUGUAUAAAAGGGAAAAUGGAAUAUAUUACCUGUAUUUAAAAAGAAAACUUUUGUAUUACGAGAGAAGAAUAAUUGGUUUUAGAAUAAAUCAUAUGAAUUGAAA